GUCAUGGCUGCCGUAGCACUGGUACAGGGUGCGAGUAGGGGACUUGGACUCGAAUUUUGCAGAAAUAUCUUAAUAAACAAAACCCCAGGAGCAGUGAUCGCGACAUGCAGAAAUCCGGACACUGCUGCGGAGUUGAUGAGCUUAGUUGCGCAACACCCGGGAAUAGUGACAGUUCUGAAACUGGACGUAAGCAGAGAAGAUGACAUCCAAGACGCGGCUGAACAUGUUAAAAAGGCAUUCGGCAAAGUUGACCUGAUCAUCAACUCCUCAGCGAUGCUUCAUCCCUCUGGCAAAGGCGAGACCAGCCUGAGGGAUGUUUCUGCACAGGUAAACUAGCUAAAUCCAGUCAAGUCAUACAACUGUCAGGUGAUGGAGCUGGUCAAAAGUGAAACAGACGGAUUGUUGAACAGUUCAAGCUAAUCUGUGAUAGGUACAAAGCUGGGCUAAAUUGGCAAAUACAUUUUUGGAAUUUCAAAUCAAUUACAGUUAUUUUCUUGAAGAAAAUUGUACAACUUUAAUAGCCAUCAGAAGCCAUAAUAUAUUUACUUAUUGAUUGUAACAGUGUCAUUCAACAUUCUUCACAACAUGGUUAAAACUAUCAUGUGGAUGUCAUGGACUGUCAGUCCUUAAAUUGAGAGCACUGUCUAUGGAUUUGAGAGGUGUUACAUUUUCCUAGCCCCAUCCCUCAGCUGUAUACCUUUAACAAGUGGUUUUUCAAAUUGCAGACUCAUUCAUUGUUGUGUUUUUAGGGAAUAAUCUCAACAUUGACAACAAACACUGUGGGACCAUUGGUGAUGGCCAAGUACUUCGCUCCACUAUUGCAGAAGGGUAGUGGUGCAUUUGGCCAGCAGCCGCCAGAGAAAGCCAAACAGCAUAGUGGGAUCAUUGUCAACAUCACCGCAAAAGUCGGAUCCAUCGGUGAUAACGGUAUGCAUCAUAUGUAUAAUUUCGGAAGUCAAUCCCAUCAAUCAUAGAAUCAUCUUAAUUGAUCGAAUUGUUAAAAUAUUAAAGAAAUCCUUAUGAAUGGCCCUUAUUGGCCCUCCUGUAGCUCAGUUGGUAGAUCAUGGCGCUUGCAACGCAAGGGUUGUGGGUUCGUUUCCCACGGGGAGCCAGUAUGAAAAAUGUAUUCACUCACUAAUUGUAAGUCGCUCUGGAUAAGAGCAACAAAAAAAAGAAUGAUGAAGUGUCUAAUGGCUUCUUCUAUAUCUAAUAGAGCACAUUGAUGUAGGCUAAUAUGAUUUGACAGUUUUAUCAACUUAAGUUUGUGGUUACACAUUCACACAUCAAGCAGUCUAUACUUAUCGUUUAAAAGCAAAGGUCAUUGUGGGGGGGUGUGGGGGGGGGGGGGGGGGGGGUGCAUUAUAUAGCCUGCAUGUGGCCAUUCAACUUGUAAUUUGAACAACUUCAGAAUAAGUCUGUGUCUGUCUGUGUCUGUCCAUCUAGGUCUUGGCGGGUGGUACAGCUACAGAAUGUCCAAAGCAGCACUUAACAUGGCCACACGUAACCUGUCCAUCGAGCUGGGGAGGAGCAGGCCCAGAGUGGUGUGCGUGUCCAUGCAUCCCGGCACAGUGAAUACCGAUUUGUCCCGCCCCUAUCACAAGAACGUGCCCAAGGACAAGCUCUUCAGCACAGGCCACUCCGUGCACUGCCUCAUGAGCAUUAUAGAUAGCCUGAAUAUUGACAAAACAGGGAAGGCCUACAACUGGGACGGUUCAGAACUGCCCUGGUGAAAAAUAACAACACUACGCACAUUCCUCGACAAAGCUUACCAACCUCAGUCAACUCAGGUUCAUCUUAUAUUUUGACCGACUGUACCAACUGUACCCAAAAUAAUGAGUUUCCGCGUAUGGGGAUUUCCAUGAAUGAUGGUGGUAUCUUGUAUCCUGGUAUAGUGAUAUUACAUGAAUGAUGAUGAUAUGUUGUGUCCUGGUAUAGUGAUAUGGUGGUAUAUUGUGUCCUAGAAGCUGGCAUGAGAAAAUAAAGAUACUUUAGUGCUGUUGUUUUACUUAUAUUGAAAUUGAAUUAUUAUCGGUGUAAGAUUCUUGGUAAAAGAGUGACAGUAAUACAGACCCUUCCUUCAACCCCUCAAAUAGAUCAUGAAAAGUUUGGGGCUUCUUUUUGAAACAACGAAAGCAAUAAAGAGAAAUGAUAAGAGUACUGUCAAAAAAUCUUAUUGAAAAGGUGAUCUG